UGCCAAACUCACCCAGAGUACACUGGUCCCGUGCUUGGUCCAAAAUUGGCCACGGAGAACAAGCGUGAAUUCACGGAACAGCAGCUGCGAGAAGGACAAAAUGUGGUGAGCCUGCAGUACGGGUCAAACAAGGGCGCCAGUCAGGCCGGAAUCACCAUGGGCAAGCAGCGCAUGAUCAUGGAUUAG